AUGUAUAAAGAUACUGUAUUUAAACAACUUUUAUGGAUGGCUACAGGUGUUAAAUUUCAAAUAACAGACAUUGCUGAGGGAUUUUUGGAACGUUGGCAACUGCCCAAUUGCUGUGGCAGUAUUGAUGGUAAACAUAUUGUUUUGCAGUGUCCUGCAAAUACUGGGUCUCUUAAUUAUAAUUAUAAAGGGAGAUUUAGUAAGAUAUUAAUGGCUGUUGCAAAUGCCCACUACAAAUUAAUUUUUGUAGAUUUUGGACAUUAUGGAAGCGAAAGUGAUGGAGGAGUUUUUCAGAAAUGCACAUUUGGCAAAAAAAUAAUAAAUCAGACGUUUAAUCUUCCCAAAGAUGCUAAUUUGCCAAAUUGUGAUGUAAGUUUUCCUUAUUACUUUGUGGCUGAUGAAGCAUUACCCUUGCGGAGAAAUAUAAUGAGACCUUACCCUCGUAAAUCUCAUUUUCAUCAUUUUAUUUUUAAUUAUCGUUUGAGUCGAGCUCGGCGUGUUGUUGAAAACGCAUUUGGAAUUUUGGCAUCACGCUUCAGAAUAUUUUUACGGUCAUUGAAUUUCGAUGAAAAUGUAACAUUGCCAAAGAUUGUUGCUGCUUCCCUUGUGUUACAUAAUUUUUUAUUAACCGAAUACAGCACAACAUACUGUCCAACGGGUUUUGUCGACACAGAAGAUUCGGCUCAUUCAGUCAAUCUGGGACAAUGA